UGUCCGGAAUACUUUCAGCUAUUUUUCACUAUUACUAGAAACGGAAGCUCGACUUAUUUCGUUGUACUAUAUGAAAGACAAUCCUGUUCUUGACUUUUUAAAAGUAAAUCCAUUGUCGCUGCGUCAAAGAGACGGUUAGAGAUAACGGAAUAGUGAAUUCGAAACAGCAACUCGGCGAGGAUGUUGGAUGGAGGUUGGUUCUCAACGGUGGAGGGAUAGCGUGGUUCAAACAACCCCCCAACCCCAGCUUACAGGUAGAGGUUGAACAACACACGGUGGAUGUGGCUACUCCAAGCUGGUACAAAAACAGUGACUUAUGCCUGUAUGUGUUAGGUGUCCUUUAAACAAAAGGACAUUUUCCAACGAGUGAAUAAGGUUACGUGUUGGGGGCGGCGUCACCUUCCCGGCGUCCUGGAAGGAACGGUGUAUUGUAUCCUGCGAAGGCACAAGUUGGGUGGGGUCCUGUGUGGUGUGUUUUCGUGGAGGACAGAGGAUUUCAGAGUUGGGGUGGACACACACACACCGGAUGGGUGAAGUGAGAAGCGGAGUGUAUCCAUAGGGUGUAUCCAAGACAGUCAACGUUGACGUUUCUAGAAGGAUAUUACCUCAGCAGUUUCGACUUCCAGGAGGAUGUUGUGAUCGGCUAGGCUUCAACGGGGCACCGUCAUUGCAAAGCUACAGAGAACCUCCUCUGAGUCACCUAUCCAUCCACUUCCUCUCUCUCUGUCUCCUCCCACUAUUCCUCCACCCCGUCUCCCUCCUCCCUCCCAUCCCCUUCCAAGAAGUUCUCUUUAGCCGUCGAACUUCCAACACUCCUACCGCCACCAUGAAGGGCUGCUGGUCGCCCUGGUACUACUACGACGACCUGCGGGCAGGCAGCAAGGCCUGCGCUGCCACCACCACCUUCUUCAGCGCCUUCUCCAUCAUCUACAUCUGCCAGUGUCUCGCCGGAGGAGAGUCUUCCCAGUUUUUCUUGCCGCUUUUCGAAACGGACGUCGAUACCACCAUGAGGAGCGCGGGCGGCUUCAUGAUCUUUUUCUACCUCCUGUACAUCACCUUCGCUGGGCUGAUGGUGAGGGGCAUCAUCAAAGACCACAGGGGCCUCAUCCUGCCCUGGCUCACCCAGAAUAUGAUCUACACCCUCAUGAUCAUCGCUUUCGCCCUGUGGCUGCAGGCGUCCUACUACCACUACCUUCUCUCGGUUCUGUGGACUUGCAUCUACCUACUGUUCGCAGCAGCUCACGUCUACAUGCACAGAUGCGUCAAAACCCAGUACGACCACAUCAAGAGUAGCCAAGCCCCGAACAUCGUCCAGCUCUUCUGAAAAGCUACGGAAACAUCGAAGGGUCUCCGAGCUUCAAGGAUUCUCUCUCCCUUCUCUCAGCCUUUCUUCCAAGUUUCACAAAAGCCAACGUAGUGUAAAUGGUAGCGUUAAGUUAUUUUACGGCUGAGAUUCGCGGAGUAUCUUUUCAACCAAAAGUACUAUAUUAGAUUCACAUCAAUCGUGCAUCUGAUGUCCCUUACGACUCUCCUGAUUGGCUGCUGAUAAGCCAGCCAGUCACUGGACUGGAAACUCUCACAGUCUCUCGAGAGAGUUCACAUAGGCAGGAUUUAUGUUUCACUUCUGAGGGAUACGUCUUUGUAACGUAUCCCUCAGGAGAGGUGGAACGUACAUCCUGAUUAUCUGAACUCACUCGAGAGCGUGAGAGUUUCCAGCCCUGCGAUUGGCUUAUCAUCAGCCAAUCAGAGCGUCGUAAGAGACUGGCCUAGACAUCAAAUGCACGGUUGAUGUAAUCUACUAUAUAGUGUGUAAGUUCUAAGUCUAGGAAAGUAGGGGAAUCUCAAGUGGAGAUGAAUUUGUGAGGGAGGUCAAAUUCGUCCUUUUUUUUUCAUCCGUCGUGACCUAGUUUGAGGAUUCAAGACCAGGAAUAUUUUGAUUAAUAUGAUAUUAGACUUGUUAUCAAGUACAGGUUCCUGAAAGGGAAUUUGUUUUUGUCCAAUUCAUUGAAUAUAACAAAGAAAUCUCAGUUCAGGGGUAAUGGAAGUUUUCGAAAACCCAAAACCGAAAAGAAUGAUGACUUAUUCUGAAUUAUAAGCAUUGAAGAUGUUUUGCCUCCUCAAACUAAAGUGAAUGGAAUGACUGAUGAAUCUGAAUUAAUUUGGGCUUUACCCUCAGUAUGAAAAGCUUUAUCACUAAGCAUUUGUGUACAUAGGUGUUGUUAUACUCUUCUAGAGGAAAGAGUCAUUUACUGUGGGGAACUUUUCCCCCAUUCUCAACUUGGAAAUAUAUGAAACGAAGAAUAUCUGAUUUUGUUCGGGCGAGAUUUGUGCAGACCUCAGAUCGAUGGAGAAAAGAAACAGUGGACAGGAACUGCGUCCUGUCUAGUUUGACAGGAAAAGUUACUGCACCUUUUCGUUUUCGAAGUUGUCAUAACCUGCAGCAAUUACAGGAAGAGGUUUUAGAUUCAACAUAAUCUGUUUACUAAUGGCAAAGUAAUGCCUGAAAGUUUAAGAAGUGGAAACUUGUCACCUUAACGAAUGUGUAUUGUUAUUACCGUUAGUAGUUUUCUUUUUCUGCAGAUGAACAUGUGAUGAUAAAUAGAGAUUGAUGCUUAUUCAAAGAUCGAUUGAUAUGAUUCAUAUAGCACCAAUAUUCACAUAUUUUCAUUUUGCGGAUACAAGGCAUUUCAUGCACUUAUAUAUAACAAGUGUGUCUGAUUGAAUUUUCUUUUAUACUUGACAAACUUACUUUUAAGUGAUACAAUACAAAGGGAAAUCUAGAAUGUGUUAAGAUUUUGUAUUUGAAUUUUUUAAUAUUAAUGUGAUUAUGAGAAUGAAGCAGGUGUUAUUGUGAGAUUAAUUAUAAGGAAGACGUCCACCUGGUUAUUUGUAUAAGAUCACACACACAGAUUACGUAUAGGUUUUUAUGUUGUUGAUCGUAAUUACGUUAUGUGUUCAUACAAUAAGGUACAAAAGGACAAUGAACAGUAAUCAUUCAGGUGUUUUGAUAAUAUAGAUAUAAUAAAUCCACGUUUUGAAAAACUCUUCGAUAUUCAUAACAUCUGAACAAUUCCAGUAUUAUUUCAUGCCUUGUAGUAUGCUAGAAGAAGUAUUGACAUUAAGAUAUAAAAUUCGGCAGUUAUUGAUAAUUCUAUAAGUUCCGAAGUGCUCUUUAUUUUAGGUCGUUCUGAAAAACUAUUAGUACAGAGCGUAUGCUUAAACUUGUUUUUGUGUGUAAUGUCCCUACCUCGUGCCAAUCGACAUCUGCAUUUUGUACAUAUCUAAAAUCUAUCUUAAUAAUUUGCACAGUUUAUCCACUGCACUUUUAAUUUUAUUGGUCACCUGAAAAACGGUGUAUUUUCUUUGGCUUUUUUAAAUUGACUUGAUUUAACGAUGAAGUCCACUUCACGAAUGUGCUUUCAUCUCGUGACAUUUUGCGAAACCACUAUUAUUUUAUUAUCACUACUGUGAUGAUCAUCCGUUUUUCACUUCAAAGUUCAAAAGAAAUUCCUUUAUCCGUCCUGGAGUUAUCCGUCCAUUUUAUAAAGAAUAAAUAUAAUAAAGUUCUGAAACACAAGAAUAACCCUUGUUACGUUUGUAUGCUAUUGUCUGUUUUGUACAAGUAUAAAAGUCUACCAUAUCUCCUAUUAUUUUUGUAUUUUUUAAAGCACUCGGUUGGCUUUCGAAAUAUAAUAGAUGUUCUUGGGCUGUUGCAAGGUUGGAAAAAUUAGUGGGCGAUGACGAAGGUGUUUAUUUUGGCUUUUUGUGAACCAAAUUAGCACAUGAAUUAAAAGGUGAUGUCGUUUAUAUGUAUAAAGUGCAUAUUUACAUGUAU